AUGCUCUCCACUUCGCUAUUACAACGGAUUACGACUGUACAUGCAAAGAAUUUGCUCCAAAUGGCAAUGAGUAGCUCUGCUUCGGAAGUUCUUAUUGAGAAUCAUGGCUCUAAACGGGUGCUGACGUUGAACCGACCGAAAGCUUUGAAUGCACUCAACAUCCCUAUGAUCCGUGAGAUGUAUCCGCGCAUGAGGGAAUGGGAAGAUGCCAAAGAUGUGAACAUGAUCAUUCUUAAAGGAUCGGGUGAAAAGGCUUUCUGCGCCGGCGGAGAUGUCCUAGCCGUAAUAAGAUCUGCUAAGGCGGCAAAAGAGGGCGGCACUUCCACUAUUCAUAAAGACUUUUUCAAGGAAGAGUACCACCUUAACCACCUCAUAGGUAGCCUUUCGAAACCAUUCGUUGCUUUCAUUGAUGGAAUCGUCAUGGGAGGAGGUUGUGGCCUUUCUGUUAAUGGCAAGUUCCGUGUUGGUACUGAACGUACGAUGCUUGCUAUGCCAGAAACAGCUCUUGGACUUUUUCCUGAUGUUGGCGGGUCGUACUUCUUGUCUCGACUAAAAAAUAAUCUCGGCCUGUAUCUGGCUUUAACUGGCUACAGACUUCAAGGUGCUGACGCAUUCCACGCCGGCUUAGCGACACAUUUCGUCCCAUCCUCAAAACUUGGAGACUUACAAAAGAAACUUCUGUCGUUGGAUGCUGUCACCGACAAAACUGUCGAUACUGCGAUCCGCGAAUUCCAACCAUCCAAUAUUCCUCAUUUCUCUUUGGAGCAGCAUAUUCCAGUCAUAAACCGAACCUUCCAUGCUAAAUCAGUUGAAGAAGUACUAGAAAAUCUGAGAAAAGAAAAUUCGGAGUGGUCUAAGAAACAAUUGGAAACGCUAGCGAAAAUGAGUCCAACCUCCCUGAAAGUCACUUUCAAACAACUAGAAAAUGGAGCAAAAAUGAGCUUCGACGAGGUUUUCACUAUGGAGUACCGAUUGACUCAACGUUGUUUAGAGGAUCACGAUUUUUACGAGGGCUGUCGAGCAAUUUUGAUCGACAAGGAUAGGAAUCCGAAGUGGAAACCCACAACACUCAAAGAAGUUACGGAUGAAAAAGUGGCGUGGUACUUCGCACCACUCGACCAGAACCAGGAUAUAUUUGUUGAUGGACUUAGACCGAAGCUGUGA